AAAUAUAUCAGUAAUGGAAAACCUGCUUUAAUAGGGAAAUGUCUAGCGCACAAAAAUGCAACAAAAUAUUUAGGAGAGAAGCUAGGCCGUCUUAAAACCGUACCAAAUGUCAUAUUUCUUCGUAGUGGAAUGAAAAUUUUAUUUCACGCUUAUACUUACAGCCGAUAUAUGACACUUCCGUUCAUGCAUAAUUGUAACCGCAUAACUACAUGUGUGUGCAUGCAAAUAUAUUCAUCGUGAGUCGAGUGCUUUUCGUGUAUGCAACAAGACAAGCUUUGAGUGUCGACACUCGCCAUCGAAGUUCGAUCGGACUGACAAGACCAAAAGAUGGGGAAAUUCUCGAAAAUUGGCGACGCUGUAGCGUCCGCAGUCUUUGUAUACAAUACAAGCAAGCUUGUAAACAUACGAAGCAGUCUCGUCGGUGUUAUGAAUCGAUUCAUACAGCUGUUGAUACUUGGCUAUAUUAUCGGAUACGCGAUAAUAUAUUCGAAAGGCUACCAGAAGUUUGACGAUGGUCUCAGCUCGGUUACGACAAAAGUGAAGGGAAUUGCUCAGACAAAUCUUUCUAUAGAUUACCCUGUCACGGUCCAAGGGAAAACAGUAUAUCGCACUUUAGAUCAAGGACCGAGGACCUGGGAUUCAGCUGAUUACAUCCACCCGGCCGAGGAAUACGAUGCGGUCUUUAUAAUGACAAACAUGAUUCUAACACCUCUACAAGUGCAAGGAAAAUGUCCCGAAUUUGGCGUCAUCGCAGCAAGGUGUAAAAAUGACUCUGAAUGCGAUGUUGGCAAGAUUCGAAAAAAUGGCCAUGGUGUAAUGACGGGAAAAUGUGUGAAGCCAGACCGCCCUGCAUCAGCUAACUACUCAGUGUGUGAAAUACAAGCGUGGUGUCCAGUUGAGAAUAAUGAGCUGCCAAUGCAAGGAACAAAUUUUGGUAAACGCCUUACGACUAAAUCCGUUAUUUUUGACGAAGCCGUGGACUUCACAAUCUUCAUCAAGAACACAGUUCGUUUCCCGAAGUUUGGCGAAUCAGUGCGAAAUAUCAAUGAGGAACACGGUGACCCAGAUUACCUGAAAGGUUGUCUGUACAGCCGUGACGAACACCCGCUCUGUCCAAUAUUUUCACUAAGAACAAUUUUUGCUGAAAUUCCUGGCACGACUUUCAAUGAUACGGCUCUCAAGGGUGGUGUUAUCGCGAUAAAAAUAUCUUGGGAUUGUAAUUUGGAUUUUGACAAGAGUGAGUGUGUUCCAAAGUAUUCUUUUGUGAGAAUAGACGACCCAACGUCAAAGAAAUCUCCAGGAUACAACAUAAGAAUUGCACAAUAUGACAUAAGCGACAUAACUCAUGAACGAAGAACUCUGAUCAAAGCGUACGGAAUACGGUUUGUUAUCCUGGUUGAUGCUCAGGCUGGAAAAUUUGACAUCGUGCCUCUGCUACGAAAUUUUGGUGCUGGUUUAGGAUUGCUUGCAUUGGCAACCGUGCUCUGUGAUAUUUGCGUUCUUUAUUUCCUGAAGAGGAGACAGCUCUACCGAGACAAUAAAUAUCUCUACGUUGAUCCGGAGAAGGGAGAAAAUCAGCAAACUGAGAACAAGUUUCAAGACUCGAAUGACAAUACAAAUUAUGCCAUGUUUUCCAACGAAUGAUAGAGGUAACAUGAAUGCGGAAUAAUGGGUAGAGCUGGGACUGGGAACUAGUAAUAAACAAAGUGAUAAGUGGUCUAGUUUUUAAAUUUUAACUGUUGAAAAAUAAUCCACAAUUAACCCAGACCAUUUUAACUGCUAACGAUUUUCGAUCUCUUGUCCAGUCCUAAUAUUAUCUGGCUAUAAGACGUAGUAAUUUUCUCCGUCUUGAAGCCAGAUUUUGAUUGGCUGAAGAUGAAACUGACGUAAGCAAGUCUAAUUGAGUAGAAAUCUCAAGACUUUAACUAAAAAAAGAAAUAUUCAAAUAUUUUAAUAGCUAUGAUUUGCCGUUUUUAACUCUAGGCAAAUAUCCAUUUAUCAUCAGUUAUCAUUCCAGUUGAACUUGAGAGAUCACUGCCUAUAGGUAGGUAGGGAAAGUGAGCCGUGUCUCACUGCAGCCAGCCUGGGGUGAGCCUGCAGUAUACUCGGAAUGCAAUAAAAAUGCGAUUUCGAUAAUCUGUUUAAAUCAUAUGCGAAUCUUUUUCAUAUAAUGAACUUAUUUAAACUUUCAACAACGGAAACAUUGACAAUAAUCGAUUUAUAAAAUGAUAUUAUAAAAUUUCAACAGAACAAUGCUUGUUAGUCAUCUUACAAUAUAAGAGAGUAUCAGAACAAUGCAUAUGAAACAUUUCAUCAAUACAAUCCUUUCUAUAAUAAGUUUUUAAAUUACAUUGAACGCUUUAAAUUACCAAUACUACAUGCUGUUUCAUACAAAUAUUGUAUUUAGUAAAUACUUAAUUCUUAUAAAUAUGAAAUGGGUUGGAACCUCUGGAUUUGUCGGUUAAAAAACGAGAACUGUAGUCAGUAUUUUUUAUGUUAUAAUUCGCUAUAAUAGAAAACAUGGCAGCAUGUCCGUCUUGGAUAACCAGAUGACUACUUUUUCACGAACUUUCGUAUCGGUAAGAUACAUUUUUCUGUUUAAAAAUACCAAAUUUUGACA